CCUCCCAGCCCGGCCGCAGCGCCUCCCUCGCCUCCUGCCCACCCCUCCAUCCUCGCUCGGACCUCGGAGCGCGGCGCAGCGAUCCCACCCUGGCCAUGAAGGGUCCCCUGAGCGGAGGGAUGUUCUCCCGGCAUGUCAAACGGCACCCCGGACUCGUUCCCCUCAUUGGCUUCAUCAGUGUGGGCCUGGGCAGUGCAGUCCUGUACCUGCUGCGCUUGGCGCUGUACAGCCCAGAUGUCAGCUGGGACCGGAAGAAUAAUCCUGAGCCCUGGAACAAGCUGAGCCCCACAGACCAGUACAAAUUUCUGGCAGUUUCCACCGACUACAAGAACCUCAAAAAGGAGCGGCCCAGCUUCUGAGCCACCUCUGGGACGUGCUGGGGUGGAAGGGGAGCCCCCCACAGCCCCCCAAGCUCCACCACAGCUCCCCCAGCACCCCCAAACCAUGUGCUCGUGUCCCACCCCCCAAUAAAGCACAUCCCUGGGGGUGCCCCCUCACCCUCA